AUCCUACAAAUUCAUAUUCAUGCUUCUCAAUUCUCAUGUACUUCGGCCCACAAAAAAGCAAAAACAUAAAGACAUGCUUUUCAUGUAAUUUACAAAAAAGAGAACCACUGUAGCUACGCAUAGACCACUUUUCCUAACAACUCUAACACAGUUCAGAAUACAAUAAUGGAAUUUACUGUUACUAAUGCCGUUAUAACCACAGAAUGUAACAUUGCAGCUACUCCUAUUAAUUUAUUCAUCACUUGUUUUUUACUUCUCUUAUCAAACUCUCACUUUUAAGUUUCUGUUCUCUUCAUCUUCUUCUUUUUGCUUUUUCAAAUGGAGUCAACCAACAAUGAAGUAGCCCAUGAAUUCCGCUUCUUCCGGGUCUACAAAGAUGGCCGGGUUGAAAAAUUUGAAUGGACUCAAAACCAAAAGAUCCCACCUUCCGAUGAUCCAAUCACUGGGGUCCAAUCCAAAGACGUAGUUAUUUCAACUGAGCCCUCCAUCUCUGCCCGAAUUUUCUUACCCAAGAUCCAUGACCCGACCCAGAAAUUCCCUUUACUCUUCUACAUCCAUGGUGGUGGCUUUUGCUUUGAGUCUGCCUUCUCUCCGCUUUACCAUAACCACCUCAUCUCAUUGGCUUCUAAAGCCAAUGCCAUAGCAGUCUCAAUUGAAUAUGGGCUUUUUCCAGAGCGACCCAUACCCGCUUGUUACGAGGACUCAUGGGCAGGGCUCCAAUGGGUCGCAUCUCACGUUAAUAGAAAUGGGUCGGAGUCAUGGUUGAACAAGUACGCAGAUUUUAACCGGGUCUUCAUUGGUGGGGAUAGUGGUGGAGGGAAUGUUUCUCAUACUUUGGCAGUUCGGGUCGGGUCAACUGGGUUACCGGGUAUUAAGGUUGUCGGGGUGAUUUUGGUGCAUCCAUUCUUUGGUGGUAUGGAGGAUGAUCAAAUGUGGUUGUACAUGUGUCCAACAAAUGGUGGGUUAGAGGAUCCUAGGUUGAAGCCUCCACAGGAGGAUUUGGCCAAGCUUGGGUGUGAAAGGGUUUUGAUAAUUUUUGCUGAGAAGGACCAUUUAAGAGGUGUGGGUGAGUGUUACUAUAAGGAGUUAAAGAAGAGUGGGUGGGCUGGAACUGUGGAGGCUGUGGAGCAUGAAGGAGAGGGUCAUAUAUUCCAUUUGAUGAAGCCAGAUUGUGAGAAGGCUGUUGAUUUGGUCAACAAGUUCGCUUCCUUUAUCAACCAGCAAGAGUGAUUUUAGUACUUUUUCCAUGUGAGAAUUGUGUACUUUGGAUUUGUUGUGUUACUUGUGUAUGGGAUAUUAGGAAUUUCCAUUUUGUAAUCGGGUUAUUACUUAUUUGUGUUUCAGUGUUUCAUUUUGGAAGUAUGGGAAGGCAUGAUAAGUGAUUUUGUAGCAAAAACUCACAAGUAUUGUUGCAAGCUAUCUUCUGCUAUAGUAGGCUGAAUACAUUUUUGAAGAUUCGUUAA